UUUGAUAUUUUUAUACACUGUAAUUAGAUCUAAGUAUUAUAAUCAGAAGGGUUGUUUUUAUCAUCAGGGAGUUUACUUAAACACUCUGUAUUGAUUGAGAGACAAGAAAAGAGAGAGUUGGGAUCGUUUAAGAAUCUUUAAUUUCUAUAAUUAUAAAUUCUUACAAUCUACCAGGACUAUCUCAAUGAUGGAUGCAUAUGGAUUUGGAUGUUUCGUGUUGGUGUGUGUGUGUGUGUGUUGUUCAGAAUCUCUAGGCUGACGUAGCGAAUCUGGUUGUUAUGACUAGGCUACCACGAGGCUUCAGACGCUGAUGACAUGAGCCGCCAUUUUGUGCCGUGACCACGUACCUAUGGAGUCUCCCGUGUAGAUCAGGAAAUGCCAGGUCCUCGGACCUCGGAUGUACCGGAGCUGGUGAAACAGCGGUCGCAGCACUACAAAGCCCGUCUGUGGGUCAGCUCCGGUAGCAGUCGGCAGGCGUCAGCAAGUUCACUCUUAUUUUGAAGGAACGUCGUCUAGUUGUUCAAACGACGGAAAUUUCCAGCUUGACAGUUCUCAGCUUAAAGUAGAAAGUACAGCUGGCCAGCCUGUAACUUUCUUAAUGUUGACGAUGGAAAUCCUUAGGACCUCCAGAUGAACGGAACUGAGGUUAGCAUGGAACUGAGUAUAAAAUGGCGUUGCCUUGUUUUAUAUCCCCUAAUUGUUUACCAAUCUUAGUAAACCAGAUUGGACAGAUUAAGUAAACAUCCCAGAUUCUCUCUACGACAGACGAAAGUUCUGAUUGGUUGAAAACAAUGUGUCAUGCGUUUCCAUGGUAAUGUAGAUCAGUCUGUCUGGUGCAGUCCUGUUUAUUCAUUAAACACAUAACUCAUGACAUUUUUAUUUCACAGAUCAUUCACCUGAUUAUUAAUGAUCAACAUAUGCUUAUCACAAAUAAAGUACUUUGAUUAAUUAAUGAAAAGCGUUCUUCUUCUCUUCCUCUGUCUCUUCUCCUGGAAUGUAAACAUACUGAACCAAGCGUCCGACCUUGGCGAUGUUACUGUGUGAAGGGGCAGCUGUUAAGGGCAGACAAUUAUAAUAUUCAUAACGCUACAUUUGAUAAACAAAUUUCUUACCAGUAUACAGAUCUGCCAUUUGUUUGUCAGAACAGGACAAAUCAGAUUCAAUGUGCUUUCUGUCACAUGCUCUGUAUUAUCCAUCAAAAUAAUGUUAUCCAGGACAGAUGAUCAGUGAGUUAAAUACAUGCAUUUAAUUAUUUGAUUUUUACAUAAAAUCUAUAUUUUUGUCUAAAAGCUAUUUCUUUUGUUGUUGUUUUUUCUUUCUCUUUAGAUUGAAAACUACUGCAUUGCAUCACAGUGGAAGUGCUACAUGGCCACAUGCAUCAACUGCAGCUGAUGACAAGCAUACGGACCUAUUGUUCGAGUCGGUGGAUGCUCUACCAUAUCAGGAGUCCUACUAAGUACCUGUGCCUGAACCUUUCUGUGUCUAGUUCAAAAGACCUGAAAGACCUGCAGGCACAGGUUAAAAUUUUAAAAUAAUCUGUAAGGUUGCCUGAUGCUAAACUUCAGGCAGCUGCGUGUGACUGUACUCCCGUGGAGCAACCGCCUGUUGGAGGAGUCGUUGUGUUGCUGUCAGGAGUUUGGGUCGGAGUCCUGGAUCUAUGGAAAUUCUUUCCUUGAAGCUCCUGAUCACACAACCUAGCAGUCGGCCCACUACCUUCUGCUCACCCGCUUGCAACUCAUGCUGUCAUUCUCCCAGACUUCUGGUUGUUUCUCCACCAUUCUGCUGUCUCCCGUCUGCGCUACAACUUCAGACCGGCCUUCUGAUCUUUAAACACUAAAACCUGUGGCUCCAUCUCCGUGGCGUUUCUCAGUCUCUAAGCUUCUGGUUCCUGAUCUCCAGCAGUUACCUCUUCAGUCAUCCGUCAAACAUUUUAAUAAACUGUUUUUAGCGCAUUUGUCUCCUGAGUUUCUCUGCAUGGUCAGGUUGUUGCAAAAAUCAUGACAUUAGCAAUUAUUUUGCACCACUCUGUUAAACAGCUGAUAUUAAUUUCAAGUGUAUCUUUAAAAAUACAUUGAAUGUCAACGUGAAUGAAAGGCAUCCAUUCAGCUUUCAGUGUCUAAUGUCAUGGUCUGCGUCAGCCCCCUUCCUUUAUGUGCCUCCUGGUGUCCUCCAUCCCUCUCUAGAUUCCCUCUUGUGUCCCUUUGUUCCCCAGCUUCUCUUGUGCUCUCUUAGCGCCCUCAUGUGUCCUUGUCUGCAUCCCUGUUAUGUAUCUUUAUGUUGUAGCCCUUUGGCGCCCUCUUGUGUCCUUUUUCUGUGUGUCAGUUUAGUGUCUGAUAUCUUUUUCACUAGUUCCUCCCAGGUCAUCACCAGCCUCGUUGUCCUCCAGCUAGUUUGUGUGAGUCCUUCCCUCUGUCUUUAGGAAAUUGUUGUUUAGUUUUGUGUUGAGGUAUUUGCCAUCCUCUGUUUCUGUUUUCCCCAUUGAGUUGAUUAGUGUCACCUGCCUUCCCUCCAGCAGCUCACCCCACACACCUGCUUCCUGUUUCCCUGAUUGCUUCUCCCAGUGUAUUUAAGCCCUGUCUGUCUCUGUGUUCUUGUCGGUCCAUUAAUGUUUGCUUGUUGUUCUUGUCAGCCUCGUCUCGUUCCUGUUCCUAGCUUCUAGUGAUUCCAGUGUUUUCCAGUGUUUCUAGUUCUCUGAAGUUUUUGAUUACUCAGUUUAGAUUUUUGGAUUUUUUGGUUUGGGCUCCCUGCUUCUUGGACUACUCCUAAUAAAGGAUUUUAUUUUCAUCAUUCACCUCCUGCCUCGUUCAUCUGGUUUUCUGCAUUUUUGGGUCCUAAAACAUCCUACCACAUCAAAUCCUGACAGAAUGGACCGACCAACACAGGACCCAGCGGGAACUCCAGGUACACAGGAGAUCUAUUACGAUGGUGAUCCAGACCUUUGUGUGGAGUUCAUUCGGACCUGUGCCCGUUGUUUGGACUUGAAAUCCUCAGAGUUCGACAAGGUGUCGUAUAUGGUGCUUUGGUUGAGGGGUAAAGCCUUGCAGUGGGUUGCUGACCACUUCGACAUAGAGGAUCUUAGGGCGGUGUCGUUUUGGGACUUUGCUGCAUUGCUCCUCCGCACUUUUGGCCCAGAUCCUCCUCCACUAGUCGCUUAUGCCACCUCAGCAUCUCAGAUGGGUCACACCGCCACACCCUCACCAGGUCCUGACAGCACCACCACUUACUCUCCGGGGGGCUGUCAUUCCUCCUCAGUUCCUGCCAGUGUCCUCUCCAUACCUCAGCUGAGCCAAAAAAAACCACGCCGACGACGCCGCAACCGUCCUGCUCCAGUGGUGGUCCCGGUGGACGCAUCGCCUCCUGCUCCAGCGGUGGUCCCGGUGGACGCAUCGCCUCCUGCUCCAGCGGUGGUCCCGGUGGACGCAUCGCCUCCUGCUCCAGCGGUGGUCCCGGUGGACGCAUCGCCUCCUGCUCCAGCGGUGGUCCAAGGGGACGCAUCGCACCCUGCCUCGGCAGAGGAGGAUGCACGGGCUCCGGUCCAGCCCAUCCAUGGGGUCCCGGGUCAGAAGUCAACGCCCCUGGACCCGACGUCGAUGGUGGUCAACGGCCCUUCCUUCGUCGGCCCUCCUGAUGACGACGUGGCCGAAGUCGUCGGCCCUCCUGAUGACGACGUGGCCGAAGUCGUCGGCCCUCCUGAUGACGACGUGGCCGAAGUCGUCGGCCCUCCUGAUGACGACGUGGCCGAAGUCGUCGGCCCUCCUGAUGACGACGUGGCCGAAGUCGUCGGCCCUCCUGAUGACGACGUGGCCGAAUUCCAGUGUUUAGUGUCUGAUAUCUUUUUCACUAGUUCCUCCCAGGUCAUCACCAGCCUCGUUGUCCUCCAGCUAGUUUGUCUUGCACAAAUAGACCUGGUGUGGGAUGUGCUGAAGGUUCAGUGUGAUGUGAUGUGA